GUUCAGAUGUCAGAGAACUUUAACAAAAUGACGAAAGUACCACCGCUGACUGCUAUGUUUUGGUAUUUAACGAUUGAAAUUAGCAAAGUUUGGGAAUUUGACUUGAAAGAAAACAGAGCAUACACACAAAGAUAGUCAUCACAACACAACAGCAGGGUUCCGUUAUGUCUCAGCUUAACCACACGCUGAAUCUAAACGAUGACAUCAGAGAGAGAUCUAAGAUUAUCAAACAGCACGAAGAUAACCUUAAGUUCAUUGAUUCUCAAUCAAACCAGUUAGCUGAAUCAAUAUUGGACUUGCAAGUGAGACUUGCAAAGUACCAUUCAAAUAAUGUAAUUACAUCAGAUAGUGGAAAUGGUGCCUUUCAUACUGAAGAGGAAACAAUGGAACAGAUACUGAAGAAAGAAAACUCUGCUGCUGGUGUAUAUAGUUGGCUAAAAAGUAAUGCUAAGACAUCGGGUUUAACAUUAACAAAGGACGUUGUUGGAGUUGUUGCAACCCUUGGCAAAGUUGAGAGCGAUAAUCUUAGCAGGAUGCUUUCUGAGUUUUUGGGCUUGGAGACAAUGCUUGCGAUUGUCUGCAGUUCCUAUGAAGGCAUUAAUGCACUGGAGAAGUAUGAUAAUGAGGGCUUGAUAAACUGUAAUGCUGGAUUGUAUGGCAUAGGGUCUUCAAUUGGGAAGAGAAUUAAUGGCAGGUUUUCUGUCAUAUCUCUUGCAGAUUUAAGGCCCUUUGUUGGAGGGUUGGUAGCUGAUGAUCCACAAAAGAAGUUGGCUCUUCCAAAGCCAAGAUUACCUAAUGGGGAGUGGCCAGCUGGGUUUGUGGAUUAUGCAGUGAACAUGAUCCAUUUGGACUCAAAACAUUUAUCUUUUGUUACUGAGAUUGGGUAUGGUCUUAGAGAGACACUAUUUUAUGGAAUAUUUUCUCGCCUACAAAUAUAUAAAACCCGGAAGGAAAUGCUGCUUGCUCUCCCAUGCAUUCAUGAAGGAGCUUUGUCAUUGGAUGGUGGGAUGAUUAAGAGAAGUGGCAUGUUUGCUCUUGGUAGCAGGAAAGAUGUAGAAGUGAAGUUUCCUUUAAUUUCUGGAGGGUCUGGUGUACCUCCAAACUACAUUGAAACUGAAGAGGCAGUGAGGAAGCUGAAUUGGGAAACAGCUAAACUAGGUGCAGAUAAGCACAGAGAGCAGCAAUUAUUAGAUUACAGAAAAGGGAAUAUUCAGUAGGCGAACCUGAAAAGUUAUUUUGCAGGACAUGUUUACAACUAACUAACCAAAUUUAAUUGUGUAUCAGCUACUAAUUUUGUGGCCCUUAGUUCACUAGGAAUAUGCCCAAAAGAAACUAGAUAUGUAUGCAUAAAAAGACACGAUACAGUGAACUUCUUUUUGUAACCUAAAGUAGCCAUGCUUGCUUACAUCUGAUUUUCAACUGCAGUCAGGAAAAACCUUGGAUAGUUUAGCUUCUAUAUUUCAAUGAUGCAACUUGCUGAGCACUUCUACUUGGA